UCAAUGCGUACACGGAGGUGGGAAGGACGCUCCACGGGGAGACUUGGGAUCCGACCACCGCGCCACUCUCCGGAGAAGCCAUCAUGAGGGCGGGACAAGGUAAGAAGCACGGGCGGUACUUGAUCGCCAACAGCUUGGUCGACACGGCGAGUACGCCCAGUCUCUCGCAGCUUAGGGCCGAGAUGGAGGCAAAGUUUGAGGAGGAGAGGAGGUGCCGAAUGGAGGUCGAGGCCAAGCUGGAGCAGGAGCGGAAGUUGAGGGAGGAGCAGUCGGUUAUGUUGCACAGCAUGGUCACCUGGAUGCAAGGACUUGGCGCGUCGAUGAACUAUGCGACGCCGCCUCCUCCCUUCGCCUUACCAGCUCAGCCUUACUUUCCUGCAGGACCUUCUGACACUCCCAAUCAGUCGUGGAACGCAUCGAACGACCCUCCUCCGGACCAGAACUCGCCGGCGGCCCCGUGGCAAUCUUGGCCACCCCCCUCCACCUAACCGUGAGUGAUUUGUAGUACCCUACUGGACUUGUGAUGUGAUGGACUUGUAGUACCCUUGUGGACUUGUGAUGUGAUAUGAUGGACUUGUAUUCGGACUCUAUCUAUGUGAUGGACUUGUAUUCGGACUCGUUUUAUGUGAUGUGAUGGACAUUAUCUUGUGUUAUUUGUAUCGAUGCUAUUGUCGCAAUUGAAAAUUAUAUAUUUGUCGUUAUAACUGCCUGUAAUGACCCCUGCAUUUAUAUA